UCUACUCCUGUUUGAACCAGAGCCAGGUUGCGAAAUUCCCAUUUCGUGGCUCGAGCAUCUAAACCGAGGUCGAUCUGCUUUGAAGUAGUGGACUUCUCGGCAUGGAUACCGGGUGUGGGCCUUGGAUAUGCUCGUCGGGAGAUAUCAAGCCUUAUUACUCUCCAGAGAUGGCAGCAUACUAGUCUGGCCCCUUGAUAAGUUACAGAACCAUGCCCCCCUUGCAGAAUGAACAUUCUUAUGAACGCCCUGGCUGCCGUUUCUCGUCAUACCUCUUCCACUCACACAACAUUAAACCUCGUGGCAAGGUAAUCCAGAUAUGCGAGGGAGGGUCUCCGUUUGAUGAUGCCUGCAGCCGCCUUGUUCGACAUGGGGACGGCAGAACGCAGCCGCGAAGGUUCGUCAGGUUUGCUAUGUCGGGAUCCUUCCCUCCCAUUUUGUCCUGUUAUUUUGAUAUCUCGUUUGCUCUUUCAUGUUGUGUCGCUGUGGAUUCUUUAUUUCUACCAGGCCAUCUGGAGAAACCAUCUUGGAGUGAAAAUCCGAGUCCCCUCGGACAGCAGCAAGAUGCAACUCUAUAUGCAUCGUGGCCACGUGUGGAGAAGGAUGCGGUCGCAGACUGCAUGCAUGAUUAUGCUUCUAGAAGGUCUCGCUGCAGCAACGCCUACAAUAAAUCUCCCUUUCAACUCUCAGUUCCCACCUGUUGCGCGAGGCUCAACACCAUUCAAUUUCACACUUUCGGAGUCGACCUUUUCUUCAGAUAAGGCAUUGACCUACGCUUUGUCAAAUGCACCAAGUUGGCUGUCUCUCGAUAGCGCGACUCGAACUCUGUCCGGCACGCCGCCAGAUUUGGCUUCUGGUACAUCGCCGACCAUGGAUAUUAUUGCUACUGACGGGUCUGGGUCCAUCUCCAUGAGGUCAAAUUUGAUCGUCUCGACACGUAAGGCGCCAGAAAUUACGAUGCCAAUUGAAGCUCAAUUAAAGUCUCAGGGUGAGAACACUGCGCAGAACUCUAUUAUAUUCAACACAUCGUCUCGAUUCAGCUUUAGCUUCAGCGCAGGCACGUUUACAUACCCCGUCGGCAGAAGCACGUUUGCAUACUUCGAAAGCCCAUCUCCCAUCAGCAUGGUUGCAGUUACAAUGGACAACACGCCUCUGCCUCCAUGGAUAUCUUUUGACAACUCCACAAUGACAUUCUCGGGAGAAACACCGGACUCGAAGGCUUUAACCCAGCCCCAUGAGCGCUUCGGAAUCCGCCUUAUUGCGUUAGAUGUGCCUGGAUUUGCUGGAGCAUCAGUACCCUUCUAUAUCGAGGUUGAAAAUCACAAGAUUGAGUGGGACGACACGGCUCUAGAGAUGAAAAUUUUUGUUGGAAAACCAUUUGAAUUCAAGGCUCUCUCCGGGAGUCUGAAACUGGAUGGCAAAGUAGCAAACACGGCGGAUAUUAUAUCCGUCGCUACUACUAAGGUGCCUUGGCUCGAGUUCGACAAUACCACCUAUGUUCUAUAUGGGACCCCGCGGGAACGACGGAAAAGUGCAUCGCCGCUUAAUGUGACAGUUUCGGCUCAAGACAGAUAUGGUGGAACUGCGACGGUCGUCAUUCGAGUAACACUUGCAAACAAUAUAUUCUCCGACGGCGACACUGCCCCAAUAAACGCUACUAUUGGCCAACCAUUCUCAUACAAUGUUAGCCAGGCUUUCGUCGACCCAACUGCUGUCGAUAUCGGAGUAUCGAUUUCCCCACAAGUAUCAUGGUUAUCAUUCGAUUCGAAAGCUUUUAAACUAUCAGGAGAUGUUUCCAAAUCCGCUGAGGAAUCAUCAAUUAACAUAACCAUGGCCGCGACACCCAAAUUAGCUCUUUCCAAGACGGCUCCGGAUUUGAAGUCAUUUACCAUAACUGUCGUUUCGCAGCCUCCCAAUUCCAAUGGUUUAGAAGCCACGACAGCCACAACUGAUAGUGCCUCAAGACACGGUUUGACACGAGGAGAGCUUGCUGCGGCUAUCAUCUUGUCUAUACUUGGAGUGAUUUUCAUGGCUGGGAUUCUGUUGUACUGCGGGAGACGACAACGGAAUCGCUUCAAACUGUCGGAUCCCAUAGUACCUCUAUCAAAAAGAGAUAUCUCAACACCAAGGCUUCAAAAAAAGUUCUCAAUAUUGGGCCUGAAUGGGAGUCCAGGAAGUGCCCAUCCGGGGUUGAGAGCUAAGGCUAGAAAUAUGGACAAGGUUACGUUUGACAACCCAGACCCAUUCAGUACAAAGUAUUCUGUUGCAACCGUUAGACAAUCUUCUUCGUCCUCCAAGUACUCCGACGAAUUAUCUCCACAUUUUAACGCGGGUCAUAGUGGCCACAAAGAUUUCUCUCGUCCAUUUCAAGGCACAGGCGGGUCUGAAAACUCAAUCGACGAUGACCCCGAUAUCAUAAUCAUUCAAAACUUCCCCAACGAACCAGACGAGGAGAUCAAAUCUCGUAGCAUCACUGCAGCUCCCUCUGCAGUUCGCACCAAGGGCGGUACACAUUCAUUCCACCCCUACCGUACAACUCCCAGGGCAUCACCCAACCUCGAACAACCCCCAGAGGCGACAUGCACGACAAAUACGACAAAAUACCGCGCGCACAAACGGCAUCGAACUCCCAGCGAUCUAGGCCCCCUUCUAAACACGCCGCGCAAACAGUACAGCAGUACUAGUCUCCAACGCACAGGCUCAGAACGCAGCACCAGAACAGUCCAACCCUGGAGCAAAACAAGUCGCGCCAAUGGACAUAAUCACAGUACAUCAGUCAGCCCCGUCGAGGAGAGCACCUGGGAAAGCACCCCAGGCAGCCCAAUCAAAAGCUCCGCCGCCCGCCCACGCAGCAGCUUGAGUGUCGUCACCGAAUCCACCGACGUGCUUUACCUGGGCCACCCCUCCCCUACGACUACAACGAAUGACAGCCUCCCAUUGACAUUUAACUCUGCUUCGCCAUUCACUCAGCCCCUACAAACCUUUCUCAACAUGGCCUACUCCCCACCAGGUACCAACCUAGGCAAUAGCAGAUCGUCACUCUCGCAACUACCCGGUCGUCGUACUGCAGGAUCGAGCCCGUUCUUCAGCGGCAGUCACCGCACGAGUGCAAGAGUGCAGUCGCGCGGCGAGAUGCUCUUCGGUGCAGACAAGGAAGCGGCAGCGAAGAUUAGCAGACGUCAGGCGGUGCCCGAGCCGUUGGCACUACGAAAACUUGCGAGGGAUGAGAACAAAUUGCAAGCUUUGCAAGAUCCAGGGCUAGGACACCUGCUGGACGGGCUGGGUGGUAGCCGUAUCGAUCUAGCGAUUAGCUCAUAUGCGGGUUCGAUCGAGAUGACGGAAGAUGGCACGAGGCGCUUGGUCUCCUUCUUGGCUUCAGUAGACAAGAGGAAGAGUUGGAGCGAUACGGACUCGAGGAAGUCAUUCAGCGCGUGGGAUUUUGAGCAAGAAAAGGAGGGCCCAAGUGAGGCCCCUACCGGGAUGUUGCAGAGGCUUAAGAGCUACAGGAGUAACGUCUCGACCCGCUCCAAGACGACCUUUAGGGAGCAGAGUAUGUGGCUCGGCAGCGAGGACAAGGAUGCCCGGGGACCAACGUUUAUGGAGCAGAUGGCUUCGCUGGAGUAUUAUGGGGGGCUGUUUGGAGGCACUGCUGAUAAGGGGGGGAGGUGGGCUCGGAGCCAUUGGUCUGAGAGUAUAGGGGGUAGUUCUAGGCGGCUAUCGACACCCUUGAGCCCUAAAUCCUUUGAGCUGGGGCCUUGGGCCAAGAGGGAUGGGAAUGAUGGUGUAGGUUCUGUGGUUGUAUGAAUAUGAUACAGGGUAUGUGGGGUGCUAUUCGGGUUUAAGUUUUGUAUUUAUAAUUGUAAUUUUUUUUUGUCGGGGUUGGAAGCCUUCUAUAGAAAGGUGGAUGAGGGAUGGGAAUUAUGGAGUGAUGAGGGGGAGCUUGAACGGUAUUAGUUAAUAGUUGAAGGGCAAUUGGGUUUUUUUGGCAAUU